AUGAAGAAAUCUGAAGCGGAGGCUGGUUUUCGGAAGAAUCCUGGAGUUCGACGUAAGGACACCCCGCCGAUUCGUGAGAAGAUUGAGCUGUGUUUUAUCGAGAAGGCAGAAAGGGAACGGCCGCAUCCGUUGUCCGGUUAUACUCCUCGUGAAUCGCAGCAGGAAAGAAAGGAACAGGUAGUUUUCACAUUUUUUUUCUCACAUGUUUUCGUGCGUAUUUUGGGUAGAAUGAAGUUGUGGGGAGGAGAAAGCACUCAACGCGCACUGAUUACUGCGAUCGUACGCAGUUUAUGUACGCACAUCUUGCUUCUGGUAAUCUCCGAAAGCUUAGAAAAUAAUGGUCUCUUCGGAGUUGCUCCCGCAAGCAGUGGAAUCAAAAAUAACUUCGAUUUCGGAAUCGGUGAACUUGCUGAGGAGUUUGCUGCUCUAUCAGCUCUGACACCUCCGCUCACCCCAGCAUCAUUGCCAAACACUUCGGAGAUCAACAGUGAUAAUGGUGGCAACCUGGCUACUGUGGGGACAGAAAUUCUCGGUGUUGCCGUUCCAGAAUCCGUCAACGCGUCAAUUCCCACUCUUGAUGGUCUUCUUCCGGCACCACUCCCCAGCUACAUGCCAAUGGUCAAUUUCAGCACUGUGGCAGGGAACCGACCUACAACCAACUCAAACAACAACAACAACAGAAUGGCGCCGGCAACAUCCACAUCGGUGAGCAGCUCCAGCAACAAACCACUGCUGCAAUCACGCCCACGCGUCGUUCGGCGUUUUCUGUAUUGGUGUCGCGUAUUGGAAAGGAGACGCCGUCAUCCAAUGUGUCGUUACUGUUACGAACGCUGCGUUCAUAUGUGCUUGGAUUCGCAUCAACCAAUCCCAGGCGUCCAUGAUCGAGGGAUGUGGCAUGGGCACAACAUGAGAGAGCGUGGGAUGGUUACAUGUCCUCAUCUUUGGUCCACUACGUGUCCACAUUGCGGAGCAACCAAGCAGCUUGCACAUACUGACGACUAUUGCCCAUUGACUGUGGUAGCAUCCUGCUCGUUUGUUUAUCAGGACGUUGUUAGGGUCAAGGUCAGAAUGCUGUCGCGGCUUACUUAUGGGACAAAGGUCAUAGCACCAUUUGUGCGACGAUUCUCCGCAACGAUGUCUCUUAGCCAAGAAGCAUCGGCUGCGAAGGUGGAGAAGGUCCAAGAAAUUCGAAAUGUCGUCAACACUCCUGAUGCUAGAAGCCUUGCACAGAACAUGGUUCACAGCCCAAAAGGAACAGUGAAAGUUGAACAUCAUGGCGAUGUAGCCGUUAUUAGAAUGGAUUUGGCGAACACGAAGGAAAACGUCCUUAACGAAGCCUUGGCUACCGACCUCCAGGCCGCCUUCGAGAAUGUUGAACGUGAUGACUCUAUCAAAUCCAUCGUCCUGAUGUCCGGAAAACCUGGCAGUUUUGUGGCAGGCGCUGAUGUUGGGAUGCUUAGUAAGGUGAAAACACCAAACGACGGAGCUGCUAUUUCAAAAAAGGCACAAGAUCAAUUUGCCAAACUAGAACAUUCUGGAAAACCUAUAGUGGCUGCGAUUAUGGGUAGCUGUAUGGGAGGUGGGCUGGAAUUAGCUAUGUCCUGCCAGUACCGUAUUGCAGUGAAUGACAAAAAGACACAACUUGCACUACCAGAGGUAAUGUUAGGACUUCUUCCUGGAGCUGGAGGUACUCAACGGUUGCCUAGGCUAGUAUCACUCCAAAACGCUAUGGACAUGAUGCUAACUGGCAAAAAAGUCAAGGCUGAUAAAGCGAAGAAAAUCGGUCUUGUUGAUUCUGUCGUUCAACCACUAGGAGACGGGCUUGAACCCGCAACGAUCAAUACUCACAAAUAUCUAGAGAGAGUAGCGAUAGAUACAGCACGACAACUAGCCAACGGUACUCUUAAAGUGAAGAGAGAGCGACCACUAGUGGAGAAGGUACUUCAGAAGAUAAUGACCACCAGCUUUGUUCUGGAUAAUCUAGUGAUGAAAAUGGCUAGAGAUAAGGUUAUGAAAUUGACCGGAGGAAAUUAUCCAGCACCGCUUAGGAUUUUAGAUGUAAUACGUAAAGGAUUAGUUGAAGGAACGUCGCAAGGUUAUACCUAUGAAUCACAGUGCUUUGGUGAACUGAUGCAAACCUACCAGUCAAAAGCGCUUGUUGGGCUAUUCAAUGGAUCUACCGAGUGCAAAAAGAACAAAUAUGGUCAAGGCAAACCUGUUAAUGAGGUAGCCGUGGUAGGGGCAGGACUUAUGGGAGCAGGUAUUGCCGACGUUACUAUAGAUAAAGGGCUGAAGUGCGUUCUUCUGGACAUGAGUGAGCAGGGAUUAGAACGCGGCCAGAAUCAAAUUGCCACGUAUCUGAAUGGUCAAGUUAAACGCCGAAAGAUAAACAAACUGGAAAAGGAAAGGAUGGUCUCCAAUCUUACCCCAACAUGUGACUAUAACGCUAUGAAACAUGCAGAUAUUGUGAUUGAGGCAGUUUUUGAAGAUUUGCCGCUGAAACACAAAGUUAUCAAGCAGAUUGAAGGCAUUGUUGGAAAGGACACUAUCAUAGCCUCGAACACCUCUGCUCUUCCUAUUAAAGAAAUUGCAAAAGCAUCGUCUCGUCCCGACAAGGUCAUAGGAAUGCACUACUUCUCCCCUGUUGAAAAGAUGCAACUUCUAGAAAUUAUUGUCCAUGAUAGCACAUCGAAGGAAACUCUAGCUACAGCUGCCCAGUUAGGAUUAAAACAAGGCAAAACAGUUGUAGUUGUGAAGGAUUGUCCAGGGUUUUUCGUUGUGCGAUGCUUGGGUCCAAUGAUGUCUGAAGUAGUACGUCUGUUACAAGAAGGUGUCCCUGCAGGAGAUAUCGAUAAACUUACCAUGCAAUUUGGAUUCCCUGUAGGAGCCGCUACUCUAGCUGAUGAGGUCGGAAUAGAUGUGGCUGAACACGUUGCGUCAUUCUUAGGCCAGGCUUUAGGUCCACGAGUGCGUGGUGGGUCCGCAGAACUGUUAGCUGAUAUGGUGACAGCUGGUUUCAAGGGAAAGAAGACCAAUAAAGGUAUCUACGUUUACCAAAGUAAAGGCAAGAAGAAGGUCAAUGAAGAGGCGAUGAAGAUACUCCAGAAUUACCGGCUGACGGCUCCAGGAAACUGUUCAUCAGUGGAAGACCGCCAAUUACGUCUUGCCACUCGAUUCGUCAACGAAGCAUUGAUCUGUCUCCAGGAGGGAGUGAUUUCAGGCCCCACGGAUGGUGAUAUUGCAUCAGUGUUUGGCAUCGGAUUCCCACCAUUCUGGGGUGGUCCGUUCCGAUUUGUGGACCUAUACGGAGCACAGAAGCUGGUGAAUGCAAUGAAUAAGUUUGCAUCGGCUUAUACAUCCGAGCAGUUCACACCUUGCCAACUUCUCAAGGAUCACGCACAAAGCGGAAAGAAGUUCUAUCCCUAA